AUGAAGCUCUUUGUUUUUGUUGUUAUGUUUACCUUGGUUUCAAUUGUUGAGUUUGACUUUGAAGUCAGUGUCUUCAUUGCCAAUCUCUGUCAUGUGAACUCAUCUCUUGGGUUUCACAGGUACCGUGCCAUUACCAGUGCUUACUACCGGGGAGCUGUUGGUGCCCUUCUGGUGUAUGAUGUCACCCGGCACUCUACUUUCGAAAAUGUAGAGAGGUGGUUAAGGGAGUUGAGAGAUCACACAGAUCCCAACAUUGUGGUCAUGCUCAUUGGUAAUAAAUCAGAUCUCCGCCAUCUUGUUGCUGUCUCAACUGAGGAUGGAAAAUCUUUUGCUGAAAAGGAAUCUCUCUUCUUCAUGGAAACAUCUGCCCUUGAGGCUACUAAUGUGGACAAUGCAUUUGCUGAAGUUCUGACUCAAAUCUAUCGUAUUGUGAGCAAGAAGGCUAUGGAGACUGGUGAUGAUGGAGCUGCAUCCGCUGUACCGUCGAAAGGUGAGAAAAUUGAUGUCAGUAAAGAUGUUUCUGCUGUGAAGAAAGGUGGCUGCUGCUCAAGCUAG